AUGAAAGCUGUUAUCGAGCGCUAUAACAAACAGAAAGAAGAACAACAUCAGCUAAUGGAUCCUGCUUUAGAAGUCAAGUUUUGGCAGACAGAAGCAGCUGGACUGAGACAACAACUGCAGUACUUGCAAGAAAGCCAUAGGCAAUUGAUGGGUGAAGGACUUUCUGGGUUGGGUAUUAAAGAACUACAAAAUCUGGAAAAUCAACUGGAGAUUAGUCUGAAGGGUGUUCGAAUGAAAAAGGAUCACAUUUUGACUGAUGAGAUUAAAGAACUACACCAAAAGGGAACUCUUGUCCAUCAAGAAAAUAUGGAACUCCAUAAAAAGAUGGACUUCAUCCAGAAAGAAAAUGCCGAGCUACAAAAGAAGGUAAAUGAACAAAAUGUGGCAUCCAAUCUUUCAUGCACUAUCAGAAAUGAGUAUGAUUUACAUGCGCCUAUCAGUCUCCAGCUAAGCCAGCCGCAGUCUCAAUACAGUGAACCAGCAACCAAAAACAUGAAAUUAGGAUUACAGCUGCAUUCCUAA